GUUUAGAAAGAUUAGAUUUUGUGUGCCUACUAGUUUUAUGCGUAAGUUGCUUGUGAGUGAUGGACAUGCUGGUUUGUUGGGUAACCUUAGUGUAAGGAAAACUUUUGUUGUGUUGCAUGACUGUUUGUGGGAAUACCAUUUGCCAUUCAAAGACUUGUUGCACGAACGUUUGUGGAAGUAUCAUUUGUCAUUCAUUGAUGUAUUGCAUGAACAUUUGUGGGAGUAUCAUUUGCCAUACAUUGACGUGUUGCAUGAACGUUUGCGGGAGUAUCAUUUGCUUUUCAUUGAGUUUGCAUAUAAUUGGAGUGGUCAUUCUCGUGAAAAUAAGAUUUCAGACAUGUUGCAUGAACGUUUAUGGGAGUAUCAUUUGCCAUUCAUUGACUUGUUGCAUGAACGUUUGCGGGAGUAUCAUUUGCCAUUCAUUGACUUGUUGCAUGAACGUUUGCGGGAGUAUCAUUUGCCAUUCAUUGAGCUUGCAUAUUGGAGUGGUCAUUUUGGUUCGAGGAAGACUUUAGAUGUGGAGAUUCGAGGUCGAAUCCUUUUGAGGAGAGGGGGAAUGAUGGGAACCAAGAUGGGUCUAGUCUUAAAGAUCAUUUGCAACUUCCAGAUGGGCCAAGAAGAUCAAUGAGAAAAUGCAAGGAUUGAUGCAAUCCAUUUGGGACAAGUUUAGCAAGAGCCCAACAUUCAAGAUGGGGCUUGAAGGAUGAAGAUCCAAUUUUAAUUCAUUUGAUUAGCUACGGAAGAGGGCAACGACAAGACUUAAUGGCUUUGGACUCUUGAAGGGUUUCAACUUAUUUAAUUCAUUUAAAGAACUUAUUUUAUUAGUUUAGAAUAAUUGAGUUUAUUAUGAGAAGCACUUAAGGGAGCCUAUGCAAGGGCAUGUUGGGAAAGUUAUUAUUUUAUUGAACUAGGGUUAGGGUUACUGUAGCAGAGUACUAUAGCACGGCACUGUAGCCGAGGCACUGUUCAUCCAGGGGCACUUUUGGAAGAUGGGGGUUUAUUUUGGCUAGGGUUUCAUUAGGUUUUGCUUUAAAUACUCUAUGUAGCCUCAUUCUAAUCAGAUUAUGAAGUUUAUGAAAUUUGAU